GUGAAAAAUAACAACUCCUCAACAACCUCAAUUGGCAGGGCUCAAGAUGGACAGCUCCGAACAGGAUAGGCAGAAGAAGCGUCGGCUCGCCAGGGACGGUGAGUACGCCAACACCUCGAAGCCCACUUCCUCCUUCAGGCCAGCCGGGGGCCGGCAUUGGACCAUCUCGGUCGCCAUCCCGGGCAGCAUCCUCUCCACCAGCUGCGGGCGCGACGACCAGCGAGCCGCCGUCGUGUCGCGCGUCGCGCGGGCCGCCGCCGUCUUCGGCGUCGACGAGAUCGUCGUGUACGACGACUCGCCGGCUGGCUCGCGCCCGCGCGCUGUCGACCCCGCGGCCUACGCCGGCGACGUCGACCCUUGCGGGUACAUCGAACACCUCCUCCGGUACCUCGAGGCCCCGCCCUUCAUGCGCCGUGUCCUCUUUCCCGUCCACCCAAACCUGCGCGGCGCCGGCGUCCUCAUCGGUCUCGACAUCCCCUCCCACCCCCACCCCUCCGGCCGCCUCCCCUACUGCGAGGGUAUCACCACUGCCGGCACCCUGCCCCCUUCCGGGAGCGACGCCGCCACCGCUGGCGCCUCCAGUGGCGAUGGAGGAGGGGACGGCAGGAAAAAGCGAAAACAUCCAAAAGAGGCAGAGAAAAACUACACGCUUGUCGACGUCGGCGGCAAAAGCCCCGUCGUCCUCGCCGGCCACAAUAUAGCUCCAAACACCCGUGUUACCCUGCACCUCAACCCAGACGACCCGUUGCGCGGCGAGCUCGUCGCCCCGGGAGCCCCACGCGAGGACGGCGGCUACUACUGGGGCUUCUCGGUGCGGCGUUGCGCGUCUUUGUCCGCCAUCUUCGAGGGCUGCGCCUUCGACGGCGGGUACGACCUCAGCAUUGGCACAUCCGAGCGCGGCCAGCCCGUGUCCGAGGCCUUCCCCGACACACCCAAAAAGAAGAAAGGUUCCGAAUUCAGCCACCUGCUCGUCGUCUUCGGCGGCCCCCGCGGCAUCGAGUACGCCGCCGAGAACGACGCCCAGCUCCAGGACAUGGGUAUUGUAAGGGGCAAGACGAAGGAACUUUUCGAUCAUUGGGUCAACAUCCUACCGGGCCAAGACAGCAGGAGUAUCAGGACGGAAGAGGCGCUCCUUAUCGGACUCACGAGCCUACGGAGGUUAUGGGAAGGAGGACAAUAAUGUUGGGGACGCCGUGGGCGCGACGUAACACCAAUGAUCGGAAGCAGUUUUUUCUUUUUUCUGUUGAGAACUCGAUA